AUGAAUAAUUUGGAAACAGAAAAUUAUACCAAGAUCACCCACUUCAUCCUGGUCGGGGUUUCAGGGCAGCCCCUGCUCCAGAUCAUCCUCUUCCUCCUGGGCCUGACCAUGUACCUCAUCACUGUCAUUGGGAACAGCCUCAUCAUUGUCCUCAUCAUACUAGACUCUCGCCUUCACACGCCCAUGUACUUCUUCCUCAGCAAUCUGUCUCUCCUCGACAUCUGUGGUUCAACAAGCACAGCACCCCAGUCCCUCAUCAACUGCUUACAAGACUAUCCCAGCAUCUCCUACAAUGCUUGCUAUGCCGAAAUGGGGAUCUCCAUGUGCUUAGCUGUAACCGAGUGCUUUCUCCUUUCCAUCAUGGCCUAUGAUCGGUUCGUAGCCAUUUCAAGCCCCUUGCGCUAUAUGUUGAUAAUGAACAAGACAGUCUGUCUCAGCCUGGCUGUGGCUUCCUGGAUCAUUGCCUUCUUGACCUCCAUCAUCCCAAUGCUGGUGAUGCCUGUGAGCUUUUGUGGCCAAAAUGUGGUCAAUCACUUUGCUUGUGAGAUGCAGGCUGUGCUGAAACUGGUCUGCUCUGAUACAUCGACCAGUUUGACCCUGGUGUUCAUUGGCUCUGUCUUCACCCUUAUCCUUCCCUUUGGCUUCAUCAUCGUCUCAUACCUCCGCAUCCUCAUCGCGGUCCUAAAAAUCCGCUCAGUAGAGGGACGACUCAAAGCCUUUUCCACCUGUGGCUCCCACCUAACGGUAGUAACUAUAUACUAUGGGACUCUCAUUUACAUGUAUGCAAAACCCCAGUCAAAAGAAUCUGAGGACAAAGACAAGAUCAUCUCCAUAUUUUAUGGAGCUGUGACACCUAUGCUAAAUCCUCUCAUUUACACGCUGAGAAACAAGGAUGUAAAAGGGGCCCUAAAGAAAAUAAUGGGAAAAUCAAAAGCCUGA